AUGAAAACCUACAGACCCAGUGUUGCUCCUAUGAUUAAGGGUGAUAAGUUUAGUUUGAACCAGUGUCCGCAGAAUGAUCUAGAGCGAGAACGGAUGAAAGACAUUCCCUAUUCUUCAACUAUGGGAAGUCUUAUGUAUGUCAUGAUUUGUACUCGUUCAGCUAUUAGCUAUGCAGUUGGGAUGUUAGGCAGAUACGUAAGUAAUCCUGAUAUGGAUCACUGGGUGACUGCCAAGAAGGUGAUGCAUUAUUUACAAGGAACGAAAGAUUACAUGCUUACUUACAGAGCAACUAAUCAGUUGGAAGUGAUUGGUUAUUCGGACUCUGAUUUUUCCAGUUGCCUCGACAGUAGGAAGUCUACGUCUGGUUAUGUCUUUCUAUUGGCUGGUGGGGCAAUUUCUUGGAAGUCCAAGAAACUGACUUGUGUCUCCACUUCCACCAUGGAAACGGAAUUCGUGGCAUGCUUUGAGGCCACAUCAAUGGUGAUUUGA